AUGGGGGAGCUCAAUGGCACAGUCUUCAUGCCCUCAGUGCUGACACUGGUCGGGAUCCCGGGCCUGGAGUCUGUGCAGUGCUGGAUUGGGAUUCCUUUUUGCGCCAUGUACAUCAUUGCUCUGGUUGGCAAUUCCCUGCUCGUGGUGGUCAUCCAAUCUGAGCGCAGCCUCCAUGAACCCAUGUAUCUCUUCCUGGCCAUGCUUGGAGCAACAGACAUUGCUCUCAGCACUUGCAUCCUACCCAAAAUGUUAGGGAUAUUUUGGUUUCACCUUCCCCAGAUAGACUUUGAUGUCUGUCUCUUUCAGAUGUGGCUCAUCCACACUUUCCAGUGUGUUGAGUCAGGCAUUCUGCUGGCCAUGGCCCUGGAUCGCUAUGUGGCAAUCUGUGAUCCUCUGAGGCAUGCAACCAUUUUCACGCAUCAGCUCCUCACUCAGCUUGGGGUUGCAGUGACGCUCAGAGGAGCACUCCUUGUAGCUCCCUGUCUCAUCCUCAUCAAAAGCCGGCUGAAACACUACCGGACUACUGUGGUCUACCACUCAUACUGUGAGCACAUGGCCAUCGUGAAACUGGCAACUGAGGACGUUCGAAUCAACAAGAUCUAUGGUCUGUUUGUAGCAUUCAGUGUACUUGGAUUUGACAUAAUCUUCAUCACACUCUCCUACAUCCGAAUAUUUAUAACUGUCUUUAAUCUGCCUCAAAAAAAGGCCAGGCUCAAAGCUUUUAACACCUGCAUUGCACAUAUCUGUGUCUUCCUUGAAUUUUACCUCUUGGCUUUCUUCUCCUUCUUUACACACAGGUUUGGGUUCCAUAUUCCACCAUAUAUUCAUAUUCUCCUGUCCAAUCUUUAUCUGCUUGUUCCACCUGUGCUCAAUCCUAUUGUGUAUGGGGUAAAGACCAAACAGAUUCGAGAUGGGGUAUCCAAGCUGUUCUCCGCUAAGGGGACUUCUUGA